CUCGGAACCUGUUGUCCCCUGCUGGAUCCCCGCUUGGAUGUGCCCCUGCUGUCUACGCGGUACAGACGUGCCUCUGCUGUACAUACUCCGUGUGGACCUGCCCGAGCUGAAUACCAGCAUGCAUGUGCUCCUGCUGUAUACUCGCGAUUACCUGUUGUCCCGUGCUGUAUACGUGCGUGGACGUGCCCCUUCUGUAUACCCGGCAUUAAUGUACUCUGCGGUAUACCGGGCGUGGAUGUGCCCCUGCUGUACACCCGCGUGCGUGUGCCCUGCUGUAUACUGGGCAUGCAUGCGCCCCUGCUGUAUAACCUCGUGGGCGGGCACGCCCUUCCUUAGUAAUGAGAUGCCCGCAUACGUGUCAGGUGCAGGCGGACAGACAAAACAGGGGCGCGGAGGUGGCCUCUGCAGCUCAGUUCCUGGCGGCGGUUCCCAGCUCAGCCCUGAAGACCCGACCCGACCUGUCAUGAGGAACACGGGCCGCUACGCUCCCUGCGACUGGUAUUACCACCUUCCCAUGCAGCAGUCCAAGAAGGCUGUGGAUGCUCCACCAGCGUCCCAGAUCCCAGGUCUCAGUGAUCUGAGGGAACCAGCUAAUGGGCACGCGCUUGGGACGCGAAGGUACUGGAUCAAAGAAACAGACUCCGAGUACGUGAAGCUUGCCAAGCAAGGUGGCCGGCCUGAUCUGCUGAAGCACUUUGCCCCCGGAACCAGGAAAGGCUCCCCGGUCACCUACUCUUUACCAGACUGGUACGUCCACCACAGCAAGCCGCCCUCGGCCGACCAGAGACAAAUCCCUGCUGUCUCCAUGCCAGAUUACAUGGUUUAUGAAGAGUUUAACCCCGAUCAGGCCAACGGUAACUAUGAGUCCAGAAGAGGGCCAUUUGACUUUGAUGUGAAGACAGUUUGGCAAAGGGAGGCCGAGGAACUUGAAAAGGAGAAAAAAAAGGUGAGGCUACCAGCCAUUAACUCAAAGUAUCCAAGCAAAGUGGGGACUCCACUUGCCCCCAAAGACCCUGCAGGAAGUAGACUCUCCUUUCCUCCCAUGCCUGGUCAAAAAACCAGUUCACCCACAAACUUUUCCAAACUUAUUAGCAAUGGUUAUAAGGAUGAGUGGUUACAGCAGCGAGCUGAUUCAGACAAGAGGACCCCGCAGACAUGCAGAGCACCCGCAUCCUCUCAGUCUGCGCAAGACCCUGAAGGGCAGCAGGAGGCAGAGCCGCGCCCAGACCCGGAGGUUCUUGGAGGCUCUGAGGAAGUUCAAGAGCCUUCUCCCCCAAGUCCAACAGCGUCUCCACCUGUGCCAACACCAGCAGAGCUCAAAUAACCUCCGAUACAAUAUGCAUUUAGGAUCAUUUUCUAACGGCUAACUAUGAUCUGACUAUGUUACAGCUAUAUUUACGUCUCCUGUUAUAUUUUAUUAAUAUAGAUUCUUGUGAAAUAAUUUCUCUUAAAGCAGAUUUGACAUCAUUGUUGCAUAGAUGGUGCAAGUGUUGGGUUUUGCUUCUUGUAUUUGUCUGGGAUGUUAAGCACGUGGCCUUUGAGACGUUGUGCCUUGCUGGCCUGGGAUGUCCCAGUGCCUUAGAACUAACUCCUUCCUACCCAUCAUCAGCUGACAUUACCUCCUACUGUGUCUGCCUCUGUUGGUGGCAUUCCUAUUGAAAUCCACUGUUUAGACUCUUAACUAGAAGAAGCCCACAGCCUUUUCCAUUAUUUGGUCCUAUAAUCUUUGUAGAAAUAAUUUUUCUGGUACAAUAAAAUAUUUAAUUCUAGAAUAUUCUAAUACAGUUUAUAUUAAUAAAAAGAUUAAUUUAUUAUGCCUUGAAGUUUUAAAUAUUUAAUAUAAAAACAUUGUAGCAUUUGUUAGUUUAAAAUUUUUGCUAAUAUUUUCUUCAUAAACUGAAAUCCAUAAUAUUAAACAUUUAUUAUUUUGUAUCCUUUACAUAAAAAUAUAUUUUAGUAUUUAACUUAGUAGUCAACAAAAAUGUUUUAAUAAUCCCACUGAAU